AUGAUUCAUGCGGUGCUAAUAUUUAACAAAAAAUGCCAACCUAGGUUAAUAAAGUUCUACACACCUGUUGAUGUUGAAAAACAGACUUUGCUAGUACGUCAAGUGUAUGAACUCAUUUCUCAACGGAAUAGUCAGGUCCAGUCCUCUUUUUUGGUUACUCCUCCUUCGUUGUUAAUGGAUUCAGGUGAUAAUGAAGAUAUUCAAAUCAUAUACAAGAAUUAUGCCACAUUAUACUUUACAUUUAUAGUUGAUGAACAGGAAUCUGAAUUAGCAAUCUUAGAUUUGAUACAAACGUUUGUGGAAGCCCUUGAUAGAUGUUUUGAAGAAGUUAAUGAGCUGGAUUUGAUAUUUAACUGGCAGACAUUGGAAAGUGUAUUAGAGGAGAUUAUUCAAGGCGGAUUGGUGAUAGAAACAAAUGUUAGGAAAAUAGUGAUGGCCGUUGAUGAGCUAAAUAAUACUAAUGACUCUGAUAACUCGUUGACAAAACUUGCUGGUAACAGAAUAUCGGAGGCAUUACAAGCUUUCAGUUAUUCUAAUUUCGGUACAUGGGGGUCUUUUCAAUAA